AGCGCAUUCCCCAUUUAGUCCAGGUUUCUAUGUACCGAUGCUUUGGCAUGACGAUAAAUGGGGGUACGUACCUUAGGUACAACUGGCUAUCGCGCCUCAAAGACCCCACACCAACAUGGAAGCUCCAACUGUGGCGGUGCUCGGCUGUUGAUCUAUGAUGCUCGCGGCAGGCAAGAUGGGAAACUUCCUCUUCCAAGCUUCAAGUGUCUUCUUGCAACACCAUUUCACGGCCCUCACACCACCGCCCACCUCCCGCAACAUCAAACAUAUGACGAUCGGCUCCCCUCCUUGAACAUUGCAUCGAAGGCAUUGGUGCAGGAUCUUAAAGCCGCCAAAAUGUCAUCGAUCUACAAUCUCGAGCCGCAACCGACGGCAUCGGCUAUUAUUCACACAACGCAAGGCGAGAUCGCAGUCGAGCUAUUCGCGAAGCAAACACCCUUGACGUGUCGCAACUUCUUGCAACUUAGUCUGGACGGAUACUACGACAAUAUCAUCUUCCACCGCCUCGUACCCGGCUUCAUUCUUCAGGGCGGCGAUCCGACCGGUACCGGCCAUGGAGGAGAGUCGAUCUACGAUGGAGGCGCAUUCAGCGGAGACCUGGAUCCGUGGCCAAUGGACCAACGUAAGGGACACAAUGCAGGACCCAUGGGGGUGAACUUCAAAGAUGAGUUUCAUUCGCGGUUGAAGUUCAAUCGCCGGGGGCUCCUCGGCAUGGCAAACGAGGGCACCCCGGAUACGAACGGCAGCCAGUUCUUCUUCACAUUAGGCAAAGCGGAAGAGUUAACGGGCAAAAAUACGCUUUUCGGCCGAGUAGCUGGCGACACCAUAUACAAUCUGGCUAAGAUGGGCGAGGCCGAGGUCGCAGAGGGUACCGAGCGGCCCCUGUACCCUGUAAAAAUCACACACAUCGAGAUCCUUAUCAACCCUUUCCCUGAUAUGAAGAAACGAGAGAGGAAAGUCCGACAGGAGGUGCCUAGGUCUACCCCAGCAGAGACAAAGCAGAAGAAGAGGAAAGGGGUGAAGCAGUUAUUGAGCUUUGGGGACGAAGAGGGCGAUGCUGAGGAGCUCCCAGUCAUCAAGAAGCCCAAGUUUGACACGAGAAUUGUGAUGGAUGUUGAUGAAGAACCGGCUCACAAAGCCAUGCCGGUCAGAGCGUCUGUCAAGGAAGAAAAGAAACUACUAGACAAGGAAGUCCGUGUUCCUGAACAACACCCGACAGAAAGCCGGCGCACCUCAGACACACCGGAACCAAUGCCGGCGAAUAAGUUGAAACAACCGCCACCGUCCAAGAUACAGCCCAGCGCAAGAUCUAGCCCUGAGGUUGAGGAGACGCCCAAAAAGACCCUCCUAGAACGAACCAACGAGGAGAUUGCCGCGGUAAAGGCAGCCAUGAAGCGGACAAUCCAUGCAGAGCCGGUCAAAGAGGAGAAGAAGAAAGUAUCGACCCUCGAGUCGAUGGUACCAGAGACAGCAGUCCGUGGGCGGAAACGGCGGCCUAAAGGCAACAGUACCUUGACGAGGGAGGAGCAAGAAGCUUUGGACAUUCUGAGGAGUUUCAAGUCAAAGUUGGAGCAGGCCCCGCCCGAGACGAAGGCCGUCCAGCCACCUGUGGACGAAAGCGAGGAGAAUGGUGACCAGGUCGAGGAGGGAGAGGUGUGCGACCUACACUUCAUUGCCAAUUGCCAGAGCUGCCGGGCAUGGGAUAAAGAGGAGAAGGAUGAGAGCGGUGACGAAGGGUGGAUGUCUCACACACUAAGUUUCACAGCCGACAAGCUUGGCAAAGACCUCAGCUACCGGAAGAAGGCCGAAGAGGAGUUGGUCGUUAUCGACCCGCUUGAGAAAGCCAGGACCCUCCAGGAGGAGAAGAAGGCAGCUAGAGACGCGCGUGCAGGCGGCUCCUCUCGAGCUUGGGACAGAGAUCGGGAUCGCGACCGGAACCGUGACCGGGAUAGGGUUCCUGAUGGGAACAGGAGAGGCCGCUGAGACGGAAGCUCAAGGACGCCUGGCGGAGUUGAGAUCGCCGUUCUCCCUGUACGGUAGUUGUUACAAAAGGUACGUUUCUGAGAUACCCCAGUCUGUCGUUUUAGGUAAAACCUGGGGUACUACUAGUAGUGCACCUGGCCCAUAUCCCGCAGCUGCUGGCAGUCUUAGUAAUGAAGAACCCCGUGCAUGUGAU